AUGGCGGCACUCACUGAUGAUGCCGACAACGAUGGCGGCGAAACGUUUGAGAAUGUACCAAGUUCACGGUCUGAUGUUGGGAAUUAUGAUAACUACUAUGGCAGAGGAAUUCGGAAAAGGUGCGUCUAUCGAGUCGCCCUGACGGUAAGUCCAAGUUGCGAAAACGAGCUCAACCGAUUUCUAUAA